AUGUGAGUGACGGGCUUAUACGCGCUGGAGAGGACGUUCACUAAACACAACAACCCUGUGGAAACAGCGGCGCGGGAAUCGGAGGCCUCACGCUAGCCAUAGCUUUGCACAAGCUCAACCCGAAUAUUGGCACUGUCGACAUUUACGAGGCCGCACCUUCAUUCCCGGAUAUUGGCGCUGGCAUCAUACUAUGGCCUCGAAGCUGGGAGAUCAUGCAGGCUCUUGGUUUAUCUGACGACCUGGCCGCUGUCGCUUCUGGUCACGUCAAAGACGGCAGCCACACCAUGCACAUACGAAAGUCGGACGAAAAAGAAGACAUUCCGUUUGCGCACAUGGAGCAGUCCGGCGGAACGUCCUUCCACCGUUCGCAUCUCCUGGGAUGUCUCAGAAAGCAUAUCCCCGAUUCGUGCCACAUUUACUUCGACAAGCGGUUGGAAUCAUACACAAAGCUGCCUACAGGUGACUUUAGGCUGGCCUUCAAGGACGGCACCCAGGCGACCCAUGACCUCGUCGUUGGAUGCGAUGGCGUCAGAUCGACUGUCCGUGCGCUCCUCUAUCGUUCUCUUGCUGAGCAAGCAGAGAGGGCCGGUGAACAGCCGAAAGCAUCGGAGUAUGCAUCCAAGGCGGACCCUGUUUGGAGUGGGAAUAUAGCCUAUCGUGGCCUGGCACCACGAGCGGUACUCGAGGAAGCCGUCCCAAACCACCCUGCAUUCGCGGGCGGUGUCUUUUUGCUAGGAAAGGACAAGCACAUCAUCCUCUAUCCGAUCGCCCAAGGAAAGUUUGUCAACGUCGUCGCCCUAGUGUCAAGACAGAAGCUAGAAGGAACGCAGUACGCGGCGAGCUGGAUACGAGAAGCCGGCAAGGAAGACGUCCUGUCCGAGUAUCACGGCUGGGAACCCAUGGUCACUGCGACGCUGAAAGCGAUGGAGAGGACCGACCUCUGGGCCAUCAAUGUCGUGCCCAAUCUGCCUACAUACGUCGGCGACGGCAUAGCCCUGGUCGGCGAUGCGGCCCAUGCCAUGACCACCCACUUGGGCGCGGGAGCCGGGCAGGCUGUAGAGGAUGCUUUCGUACUUGCCAGCUUGCUAGUGCACCCCACUGCGACAGCCAAGACCUUGGCCUACGCACUGCGGGCCUAUGACGAGGUUCGCAGGCCGCUCACUCAAUGGGUCGUCGAGCGGUCGCGAGAGUGCGGCCUGACGGAGGAGUUCAAUAUGCUGCCUUCGACAGGAGACGAAGGCGUGAGGGAUCCUGAGCGCGAUCUUCAGCAAGUGGUGGAGCGGAUGAAAGAGCUGUUCUCUUGGGCGAAGGAGACUUCGGCCAUAGCAGAUCGCGACAAAGCGAUGGCGAUGUUUGAGGCAGCCCUCGUCAGCUGAACUACCACACUGUCGUACUUCAUUUCGCUUCUAAAAGUAUUUCGUGCAACUUCCCAAUACCGACGCCUUCAGC